GAACAUAGGUGUUGCUGCAGGUUCGAGUGAGAACUUGAGUACCAUGAGCAGGGAAUUCAGCGCUCUCGUUCUUGCAGGAUCGAGCAUCGACCACAACAACAGCCCAAUGAAUGACCCUCCAAAUCAUGGCGGAACUGAAGGAAGCAGAAACUUGGAGAGGAUUCGAGAAGAUGAUGAUGACAAUGAUUACGAUAAUCAACUGAGGACGAUGAUGAUGGAGGAGACGAACCCUCUGGCAAUCGUGCCGGAUAACAACCCCUUAGACCCGGUGACUUCUUCUUCGCCGAUGAGGCACGGUGGCGGUGGCGGCGGAGGAAUGAUGGUGGGUGGUGUUACGAUCAGUGGGCAGAGCGAAGUGUGGGUGCAGAGAGUGAAGAAGGAGGAGAUUGAAGCGAAGAUUGCCGCGUGGCAAAACGCUAAGGUUGCUAAGAUCAACAACAGAUUCAAGAGGGAAGAUUCUGUGAUCAGCGGGUGGGAGAAUGAGCAACUUCAGAAAACCACUUCAUGAAUGAACAAAGUUGAGAGGAAGCUGGAGGAGAAAAGAGCAAAAGCACUUGAAAAAAUGCAGAAUGAAGUAGCAAAAGCUCAUCGGAAAGCAGAGGAGAGAAGGGCAUCAGCAGAAGCUAAAAGGGGAACUAAAGUUGCUAGGGUUCUUGAGGUUGCAAGCCUUAUGAAAGCACUAGGAAGAACUCCUACCAAAAGAUCCUUCUUUUAAUUCAUCUCUAUAAAAUCUAUCUUAUGUUUUGAUCCACAUUCUUGGACAUCAAUUAUGUUAGGUUAAACAUAUUCUACAUCAAACAUUAUA